ACUGCUGCUGAACAGCACGCAGUUUAUCUAAUCUGCGAACGCGAGGAAAGAAGGGAGCUCGCGAGUUAUAAAUAGAGGUUUAAUCUGAAGAUACCCUGGAGUUAGUGCCCUUCUGUUCGAUUUGACAUAGCCUAUCAGUUUUCAGUUUACACGAUACAAGUGGCAGUGACGAGUGAACAGCUGUUACAGUGCAUUGUGCAGGCCAAAGAUGGAGGGAAUGUUCAAGGUCACGCUGGAAGAUGAGUUCAAGAAGAAUCCGGAACUCAAAGCGGAGGACAUUGAGGAAAUCCAAACCUGGAUAAAAACUCAGCCUCACCUUCCCACUGUACCAGACCUAAUGAUAGUACUGUUUCUGCAUGCCUGCCAAUGGAAUUUGGAAGAUACCAAGAAAACCAUCGACAUUUAUUACACUCUGAAAACAGAAAUCACCGAGUUCUUUGCUGACAGGGAUCCUACAUCGCAGGAAAUAAAGGACAUCGCUAAAGUGAACCCCAUCGUCAUGUUGCCACAGAGUGAUCCACAAGGCAACCGUAUUCUGUGGAUCAGACUGAACGAGUGCGAUCCCAAGCAAUACGACUUUGCAGCCUCUGUGAAGUACAACACGAUGACAACGGAAGUCUUUCAACUCGAGAACGGCACUGUGCCAGGGUUGGUGAUUGUAAACGACUGUAAACACUUCAAUGCAUCAGUGUUCUGGAGUACACCCAUGAAACUAGGCUCCAGCUACACACGUUUUACGCAGGAAGCUGCCUCAUAUCCCGUCAAGGCCUGCCAUUACAUCAAUGCACAUUCGUUUCUCGAGAAGUGUUUCUCAAUCAUAAAACCUCUAUUUCGGUCCAAAGUCUACGAAAUGUUCCACAUGCACUCUAAUAUGGAGUCGCUCUUCAAAGUAAUCCCAAGGGAAAUAGUUCCUAAGGACUACGGUGGUGAAGGACUUACUCUGGAAGAGCUGAAUGAACUGAACCUGCAGAAGUUAGAAAGCUACAGGCAGUACUUCCAAGAUGAAAGGACGAUGCGUGUGGACGAAAGCAAAAGGGUGGGGAAAGCACCAAAGUCAGAAUUUAUGGACUGGACGAAAGGAUGGUGGCUUUCGGCCAUGCGGAAACUCUCUUUCAAGUGAAACGGUUUAAGGAACUUAACUUCGAUGUUCAGCUCGUGGCUGACUGUCUAUCGUAAAUGCUUCUUGUAUCCGAGCAAUUUGAUGUUACUCACAUUAUACAUGUGCCUUGUCAGUCUAGUUACAGAACCAUUACAAACGUUGUACUACUAUUGCAUAUAGUUCAUGACGGCUCUAGAAUAGUUUGACUGUAUGUACAAAAAAAACCAUUUAUGAAUCAGAAUUUUGUCAAGAAUUUUGUAACUUGCUGUCACCAUCAUUUUGAUAGUUCCAUUAGUGCUGCCCCCAGCAAAGGUUAAAACAAGCCCAAUUGUCAGUUCCAUUAUUACUGUAAGGAGCUCACGAGUGACCUAGCUUGAGGAAUGCGUGUCAGUCCGUCAGGGCUAUCUGUCAAUCAUCUUUCAUACAUUUCUAAAAACAUUGUGCUUGCUACAAUAUGAAUAAUUACUUACGUUUUUGUACAAAAUAACAUCAUGUGUUUAAUUUGUAAUUACAAUAGCUAUAAUUAGACUAUUUUUAAAUAGGAAUAAUUUUAUAUUUGCAUAGUAUUUUUUUUAAUCAUGUUGUUUUUGACUGUUUUUGU